AUGACAAAAGAUUCAGCAGACCUCAGCUCCUCUGCUCACAAAACGACACCAUUGAGGAAACAACCAUCACUUCUUGAUCGUUUGCUCGGCAAUCGGCCUCCAAAGUCUCCCACACCUUCCCCACAGAACUCUUCAGCAGAAUCUCUUCCUCCUCUAGGGAAUUUGGUUCUUAAAGGAUACGCAGAACAUUCCAAACGACGUCUACUAGAUCAGGAGUUGGCUGCAAAUAUACGCAAUUUGAUCCCUCCCCGCCUUCAGCUCUUCGGCGAAUGGGAGUUGCUCUACUCAUUGGAGCAACAUGGCAUUUCUUUGAACACUUUGUACCACAAUUGUGACCCAAACUACCAGAAACAGCAGCUUCGAAUGAAGAGAACAGGUCAAAAAGUGGAAAAGGGUUUUGCAGAAGGUGUGGUGAGUGGAAUGGUAUCGUUUGGAACCCAAGAACGGAACCUAGGCUCACGGCCACAUGGUUACGUCAUUGUGAUCCAGGACCAGAAGAAAAACAAGUUUGGCUGCUACAUCAACGAACAUCCACGUGUGACCGACCAUAAGAGAUAUUACGGAAAUGGUGAGUGCUUUCUUUGGAAAUGUGAAUGGUUCGAUGCACCUGCGGAAGAUGGAACGAGACCUCAUCGCCAGGAACGUUUCAAGGCGUUCAUGUACACGGGAAUCAACGAUAAUAUCAUCUACUCCAAUCAUGACUUCAUCUCCGUUGGCUCAUCUCACGGUCAGAAUGGACUAUGGUUGGAUAAAUCGCUCGACCUGGGAGUGUCGUAUCCAUGUGAGACGUUUGGGAAUGAGAUCUUAAAUGAGCACGGAGAUACUGGCCAUAAGUUCGGCAAAUUCAAGAUCAUCAGCUUAGAGGUUUGGAGGGUUGGAGAGCUCGAGUAA